CAACUAAAAAUUUAUCAUUCGGAUGAGAGCCUAAAGGAUCCACAAAUUUCUAAGAUCAACGGCUACCCUACGUUUCUCUCCACACCACCACCACCACCGGCCACUGCUUUCCUUUGCGUCGCCUCCUUCCCUCCCCCCUCACUGUCUCUCCCUGCCUAGCCAUAUAUACUUAUUAUCACAUCUGCUUUCAGCACCUCCCCUAAACCAUACCUUCUUUGCUGUCCAUCAUUCUUUUGCUCUUCUUCUUCAGCAGUUGGUGGUAUUUGUGGUUUGUCAAUGGGCGCUUUGGAUGAGGAACAUUUCAAUAAAGAGAUUGAGAAUGGAGUGGAACUUGAUUGCCUUGAUCUGGGAUUUGAGGACCAACCGGAGACUGUAGCUAUCGAGGAUGCUGUGAAAGUUCUUUUGCAAGGUCUUGGCGAGGACAUUAAUAGAGAAGGCCUUAAAAAGACCCCGCUUCGCGUUGCCAAGGCGCUUCGAGAAGGAACCAAAGGCUAUAAACAAAAGGCAAAGGACAUUGUUCAAAGUGCAUUGUUUCCAGAAGUUGGUUUGGAUGAUGCAGUUGGUCAUGCAGGCGGAGCAGGCGGGCUUGUGAUUGUUCGGGAUCUUGACCUGUUUUCAUACUGUGAAUCUUGCUUGCUUCCUUUCCAGGUUAAGUGUCAAAUAGGUUAUGUCCCAUCUGGUCAGAGGGUUGUAGGAUUAAGCAAGCUCUCAAGAGUUGCUGAUGUGUUUGCCAAAAGACUCCAAGACCCACAGCGUUUAGCAGAUGAAAUCUGCUCAGCUCUGCAUCUUGGUAUCAAGCCAGCCGGUGUUGCCGUCAUACUCCAAUGUUCACAUAUUCAUUUCCCAAAUAUAGAGCCACCUUUCCUUGACUCCAAUCGCCAAGGUUGGGUUAAGGCAUUGGUCCAUUCAGGUUCAGGUGUUUUUGAAAAUGAUUUUGCUGAUGUUUGGGAUGAUUUUUUGAGUCUCCUGAAGUUCAGAGGAAUAAAUGUGGAUAAAACUCUGAUGAAAGACCCAAAGCAGCAGUGUUGGUGUCCGUCCCAAUAUUCCUCGAGUGCUGAAGUUACCGGACAGCCCAACACAGGAAUGGUUACAGCAGUUACUUCAAUUCUCAUCUCUUUGGGUGAAAACCCAUUACGGAAAGAGCUUGCUGGAACUCCUAGUCAUUUUGUCAAGUGGUUGAUGAAUUUCCAAAACGCAAAUCUAGAAACGAAACUGAAUGGCUUUGCUUGUGGCAGGCUGGAUCCUCUUAAACAAAAUGGGGAAGCCAGCCAUGAUAAACGGAUGUAUACCGAGCUGAAUCUGUCAUUUUGUUCCCAGUGUGAGCAUCAUUUACUUCCCUUUUAUGGUGUUGUGCAUAUUGGGUACUAUGCUGAAGAAAUCACCCCUGUCAUUAAAUCUCGUUUACAGUCGAUUGUACGUUUUUAUGGUUUCAAGCUCCAAGUACAGGAAAGACUUACCAGGCAGAUUGCCGAGACUGCUUCAUCCUUAUUAGGUGGAGAUGUGGUGGUCGUUGUGGAGGCUAACCAUACUUGUAUGAUUUCUAGAGGUAUUGAGAAAUUUGGAAGUAGUACAGCUACAAUUGCUGUGCUUGGUCUAUUUUCAACCGACCCCGCCGCAAGGGCCAAGUUUUUGCAGAACAUUCCAAAUCCUGGGUCAGGAGGAUCAGGAUUCUAAUUCAAACUUAGCUAGUGUGUCGUCGCAAGUGGUUUGAGCUAAUUCCUACGCCUUUUCCUGGUUGCAUAUUUCUUUUGCACAACCCCUAGAUUGAAAUUUAAGGCCUGUCAUCUUUCAUGAUUACUUUUUUGGCACAAUUUUCCUGUUAGACAUGUGACUGAAUAGGUUCAUCACAUGAAAAAGAAAAUAAAAAAGAAAUAGAAAUUCUGAAUGUUUACUUUUA